AUGCAUGCACUAUCUCUUUUGAGGCAUCGGUGGUUCUCGCAAACAAUCAAUCAAAAACUUUUUACCACCUCUUUAUCUGUCUAUCAAAUGCCUUAUACUUGCUUCAACUUUCUAAAUACCCACACAGUUGAUAAAUUUCCCAAGAAAAGCUUAGACCCAGAAGAACCUAAGUGCUUAUCUUUGAGAAUUGAGAAACUUCCAAAAGGAGAAUCAGUUGGAUAUGCCUUUCAAGGCUGGAUGGGUGAAGGUUUUCCCAUACAUCGAGGUGACAUUUUUCACACUAUUAACCGCUUAAGGAAGCUCAAGUUAAACAAGCGCGCACUUGAGGUGAUGGAAUGGGUAAUAAGGGAGAGACCCUACAGGCUCGAGGAACUAGACUACUCUUAUUUGUUGGAAUUCACAACCAAGCAUCAUGGGAUAUCACAUGGCCAAAAGCUCUUCUUGCAUGUCCCUUCUGAGUUUCAGAACAAAUUACUGUAUAACAAUCUUGUAAUUUCAUGCUUGGAAAAAGGUGUGAUUAGGCUUUCACUUGACUACAUGAAGAAAAUGAGGGAACAGGGUCAUCCCAUUUCAUAUUUGAUUUUCAACCGCCUUAUAAUCCUCCAUUCCUCACCUGGUCGUAGGAAAAUGAUCCCGAAAAUCCUUGCUCAAAUGAGGGCUGAUAAGGUGGCUCCCCAUGUUUCAACAUACAAUAUUCUGAUGAAGAUUGAAGCAAAUGAACAUAAUAUCGAUGCAUUAGUGAAGUUAUAUAAUGACAUGAAGAGAUAUAAAGUUGAGCCGAAUGAGGUAUCUUUCUGCAUAUUAGCUACUGCACAUGCAGCGGCGAGGUUGUAUACUGUGGCUGUAGCAUAUGUUGAAGCUGUGGAGAAGUCAUGUAGGGGAGACAACUGGUCAACACUUGAUGUUUUGAUCAUAUUGUAUGGACAUUUGGGAAAGGCAAAGGAACUAGAAAGAACCUGGGGCAUUGUGCAAGAACUGCCUCAUGUUAGGUCAAAAAGUUACACAAUUGCAAUUGAAGCAUUUGGUAGAAUUGGACAGCUUAGUCGAGCUGAAGAGCUUUGGUUAGAGAUGAAGUCCAUACAUGGGUUGAAAUCAACUGAGCAGUACAAUUCCAUGUUAUCCGCGUAUUGUAAAUGUGGUCUUAUCAAAAAAGCUACUGGGAUUUUUAAGGAAAUGGAGAGCAAUGGGUGCAAAGCAAAUGCCAUAACUUUUCGACAUCUUGCAUUGGGCUGUUUAAAGGCCAACUUAGUGGAGGAAGCCUUAAAGACUCUAGAAAUGGGGAAAGACCUGACAACAAGCAAUAGGGUAAAGAAUUCAACCCCGUGGUUGGAGACUACUCUUUCAAUAAUUGAAAUUUUUGCAGAAAAGGGUGAUGUCGUUAAUUCUGAGAAGUUGUUUGAAGAACUUGCGAAAGCAAAGUAUGCAAGGCACACUUUUGUAUGCAAUAUCUUAAUAAAGGCUUAUGUGAAAGCCAAGAUUUACAAUCCGAAUCUCUUGAGAAGGAUGAUUUUAGGGGGUGCUAGGCCAGAUGCUGAGACAUAUAGCCUGAUGAAACUUGCUGAGCAGUUUCGACCGUGA